CAGCUGAGCCUCAGGUCAGAGGCAGAGCAGCUCUGGGAGUUUGCAUAUCAGCAAGCGAAGAAAAGUUUUGACAAGCGGACCUGCGGGCGGCUUCUGUCAGCAGCAGCAGCUCAGCGUUCAGCCUGUGUGGAGUCUUUUCUCAGCGGGUGAGAGGUUGUACAAUCCUCGGCAGUGUUCUGAGACUGUACGGCCCCAAUCCCCCAGCUCAAUCACCGCCAGCCUGGACUAACUGAACGCUUCACAGGUUUAAUGACUUCAUCUGUCAGCGGGCUCCUUGUGACCUGCGCACUUCGGUCUUAAACCUGCUUUUUCUCGUCUCCCUAUUUUUUUUAAAUAUCAUUUUGUUUUAACUCUAAAGUUGGACUUUACUCAAGACUGUCGUGGAAACAGCAUUGCGAAAAUAUGACAGCCGAAAAGGAGAAAAAGAGGAGCAGCUCAGAGAGACGUAAGGAGAAGUCUCGCGAUGCAGCGCGCUGCAGGCGCAGCAAAGAGACGGAGGUGUUCUACGAGCUGGCCCACCAGCUGCCUUUAUCCCACAGCGUCAGCGCUCACCUGGACAAGGCAUCCAUCAUGAGGCUCGCUAUCAGCUUCCUCCGUACACGCAAGCUGCUCGCCAUAAGCUGCAGCAGCAGCAGCAGCGACGGCGAGGACAACGGACAGAUGGACAGCCUGUACCUGAAGUCUCUGGAGGGCUUCAUCACCGUAGUAACAUCAGAUGGUGACAUGAUCUUCCUGUCCGAGAACAUCAACAAAUUCAUGGGACUCACGCAGGUGGAGCUUACUGGUCACAGCAUCUUUGACUUCACCCACCCAUGCGACCAUGAGGAGAUCAGAGAAAACCUCAGUCUGAAGACGACUGGAAGUGGUUUUGGUAAAAAAUGCAAAGAGCUGAGCACAGAGAGAGAUUUCUUCAUGAGGAUGAAAUGCACGGUGACCAACAGAGGACGCACCGUCAACCUCAAGUCAGCCAGCUGGAAGGUGCUUCACUGCACUGGACAACUGAGGAUGUACAACAGCUGCCCUCCACGAGUGCUGUGCGGCUUCAAAGAGCCUCCGCUCACAUGCGCUGUCCUGAUGUGCGAACCGAUACCACACCCGUCCAACAUCGACACGCCGCUGGACAGCAAGACCUUCCUGAGCAGACACAGCAUGGACAUGAAAUUCACCUACUGUGACGAGAGGGUAACAGAGUUGAUGGGUUACACUCCCGAGGAUCUGCUGGGUCGUUCCAUCUACGACUUCUACCACGCCUUGGACUCAGACAGUGUCACCAAGAGUCAUCAAAACUUGUGUACCAAGGGUCAGGCAGUAAGCGGUCAGUAUCGUAUGCUGGCUAAGAACGGGGGUUACGUCUGGGUAGAAACCCAGGGAACUGUCAUUUAUAACAGCCGCAACUCUCAGCCGCAGUGCAUCGUGUGCAUCAACUAUGUCCUCAGUGACAUUGAGGAGAAGUCGAUGAUUUUGUCCCUGGGGCAGACGGAGUCCCUGUUCAAGCCACGACACAUGAGCAGCUUCUUCAGUCCUGGAGUGGGCAUGAGCGGAGAGCCUGGAGAUGCCCUCUUCAGUAAAUUCAAAGAGGAGCCGGAAGAUCUCGCUCAGCUUGCUCCAACACCUGGAGACACGAUCGUUUCCCUCGACUUCAGUCGUGUUCAGUUUGAAGAGCCCAAGCAGCCAGCAUACUCCCAGGUGUCUGCUUCAGCCAUGGCCCCUCCGGGACCACCGUCCUGGGCCAGUGAGAGCCACAAGUCUGCCUCCAAUGCCUCUGGACCCCCAACUGCAGCUCCAGGGGACGUGGGUAAAAUGGCCGGUGGUUCGUUCACUGUGCAGCAGAAUCCUCCACCGGGCAGCGCCACUCCGAGCCUCAGCAGCUGCUCCACGCCCAGCAGCCCAGAUGAUUACUACAGCUCAGUGGAGAGUGACCUGAGGGUGGAGCUCACAGAGAAGCUGUUUGCUCUGGACACAAAGGGAGACAGUUCUGCAAACACUGAGAGGGACUUGAGUGAUUUGGACCUGGAGACUCUGGCUCCUUAUAUCCCUAUGGAUGGAGAGGACUUCCAGCUCAAUCCCAUUGUCACAGAGUCAGAGCCCCUGGAGGCAGCUCCAGCAGGAUCCAUGGGGAGCAACACCAGCCUGCCCCAAACUAACCAGACCACCCAGCAGAGUUUCAACAAUGUGGCCAGCCUCUUACAGCCCCUGUCCACCUCCUCCCAAUCCCCAGGCCACUACCAGCGUGCGGCAUCUUCAUCCUGGGCUGGAGGGGAAAAGAGAGUCUCCAGCCAGGGGAAUACAGAUCCCCAUGGAAGGUCAUACAUGAUGGGGCAUCUGCACAAUCCCCCAUACCAGGCCCCAGCCAGCUCCCCGCUGUCCUCCAUGGGUGGCAGUCAGAAUCUGCAGUGGCCACCAGACCCGCUGUUGACUUACCAACAACAACCACGGCCCACCAAAGCCUGUCUGAUGGACACGAUGUUGGAAGAACGGCCAUCCUGCAAGCAGAACAUGCCACAUGGCAUGCAGAAACAGAGGUCCAUCGACAACUUUGUACAAGCUUACAGAGACAUGAGUCCAGCCAGAGUGGCCAUGGCCAACAGUAUGAAGCGCUCCUUCAGCCAGAUGGCUGUGGGUGAAAGCAAGCUGCCAGAGUUCAUAUGGAAGAAGAUAAGGAGUGACAGUUGCAUGGAUCGUUCCCUCUGUGCAGGAUCACUGGCAGAGUCGGAGAUGGCGAGAAUGAUGCCAGGGAACAUGGCUCCAUGUCUCAACUCGCUGCAACAACACAGGAAGUCACUGUACGCAGGAAAUGGGAUAAGUGGUCGAAAUGAAAAAGGCUUUCCCCAAAAGAGCUGUGACUACAGAGAGUAUAACAUGCUGCCUUCUAACAAGUGUGAGGGCAUAGCCAGUCGUUUGCUGGGGCCUUCAUUUGAACCCUCCUUUCUGCCGGAGUUGACCCGCUAUGACUGCGAGGUCAAUGUCCCGCUGCAGGGCAACCUGCACCUCCUCCAGGGCUGUGACCUGCUGAGAGCCCUGGACCAGGCCACCUAGAGCCCCAGAUUCAAACACCGACAUAAACCUGGACUUACUCCCUGCCCUGAGCCUCAACCUGCAGCACGAGACUUAAGCCUUUCUUUACCUUUGUACCUCUAGGCCUUCUAUGAGCCCUACAGCUCAGCUAACUAUAGAGAAUGGUAUUAAUGGCCACAUCCUGCCUUAUUUAGCCCCACACUCUUUUCCCCAUCCCUUUUUAAGUUCUCUGUGUAGACCAAGCUGAGUUAUCAGGGUCAAGCCACAUGCACCCCUUUCCCUGCCAAGCUCUUGACUCAUAUCAGAUGCAGGUUGACCACCAUUGAGCCAAACAUCAAAUGACCCGCAUGUAUAACAAACGAUCACUGGUCAAAAAAAAAAGGUCAAUGCUGCACAUUUAAUACAUGACAAUGGUCACACCAUCACAUUAAUUAUUUAAGAGUUUUGACACUGGGAUCUCACCGGGUUUGGUAUAGAUGCCAACAGGGUGGCAAAGCUAUGUUUGAAAACACAUCCUGAACUCGGGUCUCUGGUGUAAAGGGGUGUUAGUGGUGUGGAAGAAAACCUGCCUCAAAGGCCAGCUCUGCUCAAACAUCUACAGCCGCAUCACCCUGACUACCAGCCGAUUCCUGCUUAGGUUUAGCAAAGCGGGAAUCUGUGAGCAGUGGGUCUCUGACCUACGUCCUGAUAUGGACUCUAUGCAGCUCAGAUCCCAGCCCUACUGCUCUUCUAGCUAAAGCAUUUGGCUCAGAAGAGAUGAUAUUAUACUACCUACACAUGAACAGAGACACGGUCUUCUUUCACAUUUGCAUGUUUUACCAGCAACUUGUAGACACGGCGCAGUUGAAGCUUCAAGCAAGAGUUGGGUAUCAUGAACUGUGGUAAAUUGUAGCCAUUUUAAAGAUUUCUUAAGAAUCCUUUACACUAUUGUAUUCUCAUUACGGACACCCAAAGAUGAUUUCUUUCUAAUCAUAGUGGUGCAAUAUGCUGGACUGGAGUACUUUACAGUGUGGCCAGAUGUAAUGUUGUAACUUUGCGGUAAUCUGUAUUAAUUUCAUUUCCUCUAUGCCCAAGACUUAAAAUAUACUCCAAUUUAAGUAUUAUUCUAAUCUUUAGAGAAUUAAAGGUUGCUUUAUUUGAAAGGCUAUGACCAGAACCAGAACUGCCGAGCAGAAUCGGAAGCAGUAAAAGUGAUACCCAGCCUUGCUCAAGCCUUUUUCCACAUAUUCACAUUCAUCAGCCUGCCUCGUUUUGUCUGAAUCCAUCCCAUAAAUCACUGUAGCAUAUCUCUGCUGCUUUAGUAGAUAAACUAGUAGCAUUAGAUCUGUAUGUUUCAAAUGACAUAUCAUUAUUGUAAAUAGUCUUUUCUUCUUUUCCUGAAUUGAGAUAUUGAAGCUUUUAUGAAAUUCCCCCAGUUUAUUCAAUCCAAACUGACCGGACACUUCACCACAUUAAUAAUGCCUUUUUUUUUUCUUCUUCUUUAGUUCCUACUCAACGUACUACAUUCUCUUAUUUUCUCUGUCUCUCACUCUCUCUCUGACACUGUAAUAAACAUAUUGCAAUAUAUGUAAUCUGAACAUUUAAGAUUUAACAUCUUCAUCUUAAAUCUGUCUAAACACGCUUUCCUCACUUUAGUGUCUCAGUCAGGUAAGUAGCUUGUGUGGAUACAGGGUUAUUUUCUUAUUGUGCAAUUAUUUCAUUGAGCUAAAACUUAGAUUGUCAGUAACAAAGCUAGACUUUAUGUACAUAAUCAAUAGCCUGCACAAAGGAAUGUGACAUGCACACACUGUAAGAGUUCAUAUGAUUAAAUGUUAUUAGCUAACACACAUUUUAUGCAAUACAGGAAACCAUAAAGACCAGACCAGUGGUGUGCACAGAGUAUGAGGGGACCAGGGACUGUUUG